AUGCAUUACCAAGAUAUAGCAACACAGGCCCUCUUGGCCUCCACUAUGGCCACAGGUUCAGGGCAAUAUAUCUUGGAUUUGAGCGGCGAUCAAUGGACCCUGAGUAGCCCCGCGAUUAAUUCCACCGUGCCGGCGUCUCUACCGUCUCAGGUUCAUCUGGACCUGCAUAGGGCGGGGUUAAUAGACGAGCCCUACCAUGGCCUGAACGAUCUUAACCUUCGUUGGAUCGCCGAAACCAACUGGACUUACACAAGUGACCCAAUUCCUGGGUUGUACGUGGCUCUACUAUUGAUUGAGGUCAACGAGUCUGACAUCCAGCAGAUUGAGUGA